GCUCUCUCUCUCAAACCUCUCUCUUUCUUCUUCCGAAUAGCUCCUAUGUUUCUCGACAGUUAUUUCGCUGUAUACCAGCUCCCGAUUCAACAUCGCGCAGCAAGUCUGAUGAUGAUCCCAAUCCUUGAUUUGGCACUUCUUAGAACAGUACCGCGCCACGCCGCACGCGCUGCACACGAGGUAUCGCGGUUUGGAAAGAUCGGUUCUCGCACAGCAAUGAUCACAGAUGCGCCGCCUGAUGCGGAGCCAAUGCGGCCUUAUGCGAUACCAACGAUUCAUAGCCUUUAUUGCACUGUCCGUGCCCUUGGUAACGGCCCGCAAAUAAAUCACCAGGUUCAAGUAUUCAUCAAAGUAACCAGAAUCGUCUGGCAUCAUCGUCAUCGCGUAAGCCCAUUGAUUGUAACCCGGGGGGCAUUCUUUCUUCAAUCGCUUAGUUUUAUCAAUCAGGAUAGCUCUCGUCGAUUCCUCUUUAAUGAGCCUGAGGUCGGCAUCCGAAAUUUGUGAAGCGAAUCUCACAGCAUGUCGGAAGCGAGCACCGAUUCUCAUAUCGGUGAGCACAACAUCUCUGUCGG